AUGUCCACCACGGACGAAUCCGCGCACAAGCGCACCGCCUCGGCCACCAGCGCCGUCCAGACCACACCUCCCCCCGCGAAGCGCCCCGCGGCAACCCCCGGUCCCUCCGUCACUGCCCUCCCGCCCGCACGCCGCGAGUUCCCGCACGCCGUUGCCCUUGUCCUCUAUCGUGACGCUGGCGACGACGUCCCCUCCUCGACGACGACCGUCCUGGGCGUCCACGCCGGCCUCGCUGACGCCAACGCCGAGGUGCGCAGGUUGGCGCGGGAACAGGGUGUCAACCUCGCUGGCGUCGCGGCCAACGACAUCAGCCCCGUGCGGUGGGACGCCCCCGACGGCACGUCGUGCUGGGUCGAGGCGCACGCCGUCAAACCCAAGACCUUCGUGCCAAGAACUACCUCUGCCGGGUCGUCGCCGGCGGAGCAGCAGCCGCCGAAGAAGCUGUACGACGCCGAGGAGGGCGAGGACCCCGACCUUGAUGACGACGACCAGGACGAGGGCGGGCACUACGACUAA